CAUGCAGAGUUGCCUCCACCCUUUCAGCCCUUAAACAGGGGGGCUCACUACGACCACCCCAUCACGUGGCUGCUCCUCUGCAAAGCCAGCGAUGCUGAGACUGCGCUCAGAGAUGAGGAGUUGCUGCUCCUGCGCGUAAAGGAAGAGAAAGUUAUGGCAGGGGCAUCCUCCUCGGAGCACAGCACAGCGUCCCGCAUUAGUUUGUGCCACAGUCCCGCACCGGGAGCGCGCAUCGCCUUUCAGACACGCGAGAAAUCCCCGUCACGCAGCCAGGCAGAUCAAUCUUAGUGAGGGGGGAAAAAUUCGUUGGAAGUGAAGUGAGUCGGGCGACGACAGGGGAGGGAAACUACAGAAGUGAGUGAGGGGCGCAAUGUAAGAGGCCUGCCAAGGAAAGAUAACCGACCCGCAGAUACGCACGGUGUGAAGCUGAUCUGGUUGCAGCCAUAGUUCCAAGUGCUCUUCACUAACCCUUAGAAUGACACUAUAGGACUUCUGAAUCCUUUCUUCACCUGCAGUGCCUUCAGGGAUUAUACAAAGACAGCAUUACAGUGAAAUCAAGGCCAUCAUGAAUCUGUUUGGGAGAGAUGCAAUGAACACAAAGAAGAAGGGGAAAGAAAUACAGUAUGAGGACCCUCCAGAUGGAGGCUGGGGCUGGAUGGUGGUUCUCCACUGCUUCCUGGUAAAUGUCCUUGUGAUGGGAACGCUAAAAAGUUUUGGGAUCUUCUUUGUGGCCUUCCAAGAUGAGUUUGGAGGCUCAGCAGAGAGCAUCAGCUGGAUAGGUUCCAUCAUGUCUAGUUUACGUCUGUCUGGAGCACCCAUCGCCUCUGUGGCCUGUGCUAAGCUGGGACCGAGGGUGACCUCAAUCUCUGGGGCAGUGCUAGUUAGUGGAGGCUUCAUCAUAAGCAUCUUUGCCAGCAGUGUGGUAUACCUCUACAUCAGCAUGGGAGUUGUAGUCGGAAUGGGAUUUGCACUACUAUAUCAAUCAUUUUCAGUGAUAACAGCGCUGUACUUCAGAAAACGGCUGGCGACUGCAUAUGCCAUUGGCCGAUCUGGAAUGGGUUUGACCUUCGCCUUGGCUCCAUUCACCCAGCUGCUUCUGGACCAGUAUGCUUGGCAAGGUGCAAUGCUGAUUCUCGGAGGCCUCAUGCUGAACUUAGUAGCCUCUGGGAUGCUUCUGAGACCCAUCAAUGUGAAGCCCCCUGUUUCAAACUCCACUUCUUUGCCCAUCCAAAAGAGCCCAGCCAUUUCCCUAAAGAGCUCCACGGAGAAGGAAUAUCCAAAAAGCUGCAUGAGUAGAUCUCCUGCGUUAUCCAAUGGUGUCUCCAAAUCAGACUCUCUCUUAUCAAACAGUGACGAUGAAAAAUUGAGAGGACAAUGUGUUGAUGGACAAGGGAGCCAGUCAAUGAACCCUGAAUUGACUAGACUAGUCCUCAGUAACACAAAUGGUCACGACCCCCAACAGGACUCUGGUCAGUGUAAGCCUGCAACCCCAGACAGCCCAGCUGAGAUGAAUGGCAGCAUGACUCGGCCUACGACCAUUGGAGUUCCCUUACAGCCCAGUGUGCCUACAGAGGUUGCAGCCACAAAAGGCAAAGUGUUGGAUUUCACCUUGCUGAAGGACCCAUUCUUCUGCAUCUACACUUGGUCCUUGGUGUUCAGUCAACUGGCCUACUUCAUCCCGUACUUCCAUCUCUCUGCCAGGGCCAGAAAUCUGGGAAUUGAUGCCAUGGAUGCUUCCUUCAUUAUAUCUGUAGCAGGUAUCACAGAGACCAUUGCCCAGUUGGCGUCGGGUUGGGUGACAGACAAGAACCUGUUUCAUAAAUAUCACUUCCACAAAGCCUACCUGAUCCUCUGUGGCCUGGUCAAUAUGCUCUCCCCAUUGGCCACCUCCUAUAUACUACUGAUGGUGUAUGCUGUCUUCUUUGCUAUCUUCUGUGGGGGCUACAUGGCUCUGCUGCUACCUGUUCUGGUCGAUCUUGUUGGGUCAGAGAAACUCAAUAACUCCAUGGGUUUCUCCAUGUUCUUUGUUGGCUUGGGUUGCCUCACUGGGCCUCCACUAGCAGGUUUUCUAUAUGACUACACACAAACGUAUGACUGUUCUUUCUACCUGGCGGGCCUCUGCUACCUACUUUCCUCCCUCUCCUUGUUCAUGGAGCCACUUGCUCAGCGCUGGAAGGCCAAGAAAAAGCUUUCUCAGAACCAGAGAGCAGAAAGCAGCUGUAAGAUUAAUGGCUGCUUCACCCCUGACAACCUGCAGAAUGGCGCUGUGUAAGACUCCAGAAGCACAGACCUGUGUUGGCUGGACCCUGAACUCUCACCUGAAGCCGGGACCUGGACCAUUACGUUCAGCAAACACCUGAUACCAGCAUCACAGUUACACAAGAACAUACAAUAGUCUGAAUAUUUGAUUAUACAGAACUUAUAAAAAGCCAAAAGUCUUGUGUUCUGCAAGAGUUUUUUUAUCAGAGUCACAAACAUCCCAUCUGAAGGUAAUCCAGCACACAAAGGAACAAUAAAUCCUACUUCCCGAUGCACCAACUAAACUAAACACUGCAGAGUGAGGAACCAAGCCUACAUCAUGACUCUAAGGAUUGUUUUUCUUCCAUCAAUAGAAGCUCAUAUCCAGGAGGAGGUGUGCUGCAUCUGGUGUGUUAAGUAGCAUUUAUACGUAUGUAAAAUCCCGUUCUCACUGACACGCACUUUGGGCCAAGGUAUGGUUAUGCUGCAUGACUUCAAACUGCCAAUGAGCCAAAAUACUCAGCAUCCCCUCCACUGUAUCCUGCUCCUACUGUAUGUCCCACUGAUUUAUUGUGCAUGAAGCCAAAUAAAAGCACAUAGGAGGAUAAA